CACCGAUCAAUUACUUCUGAAUCUCCCAUAGCAACGCAACGUCAACAGUAUCGAUUAAUUUGUCUUCUGCUAGAAUCUGGUAGAAACAUGCGAUUCUCAAUUUAUUACCAGUGAUCUAAAAGGGUGGGGUUUGAUCUCAUAUAGAUCUCAUUUGAGAAUUGCCAGUUAUUUUCAUGUGCUGGUAAAUGAUGGACACCAGCUCUAUAUCCGAAAAUGUCAAAGUUGUGGUCAGAGUGAGACCACUGAGCGAAACUGAGAAGACUGCCGGUUACAAAACCGUCGUCAAAGUUGAUUCAGUUAAUAAUACUAUUAUUCUUCGAGCCCAAAAUAAUGGUGCUAAUGGGACUGGUCAAUCGUACAAUGAUGUGGACAGAAGCUUUGUGUUUGAUUCUGUAUUCGGACAAGAAUCUUCUCAGAUGGAAGUCUACAACCAUGCUGCAAGACCUCUAGUUCAGAAUGUUCUGGAAGGAUAUAAUGGCACAAUAUUUGCCUACGGGCAAACUGGGACAGGCAAAACAUUCACCAUGGAGGGCAACCCUCAAGCCCCUGAACUGAGGGGAAUCAUUCCAAAUUCAUUUGCACACAUCUUUGGCCAUAUAGCCAAAGAAUCAGAAAGAAAAAAGUUCUUAGUUCGUGUCUCUUACCUUGAAAUCUACAAUGAAGAAGUCAGGGAUUUACUGAGCAAGAACCAAAAUGUCCAUCUGGAAAUCAAAGAAAGGCCCGACGUUGGCGUCUAUGUCAAAGAUCUGUCUACUUAUGUUGUGAAUAACGCCGAAGACAUGGAGCGUAUAAUGACGAUGGGCAACAAAAAUAGAUCGGUGGGUGCUACCCAAAUGAACAUCCAUUCAUCGCGUUCUCACGCCAUUUUCACUGUUGCCGUCGAGUGCAGCGAGAAAGGAAUAGAUGGAAACAGCACUCUUCAUGUCGGGCGACUUAAUCUGGUGGACUUGGCUGGAAGUGAACGACAGACCAAAAGUGGAGCUUCAGGUCUUCGACUUCGAGAAGCAUCCAAGAUCAAUUGGUCAUUAUCUACAUUGGGAAAUGUAAUUUCAUCUUUGGCUGAUGGCAAGGCCUCUCACGUUCCAUACCGCAAUUCCAAGCUAACUAGGCUGUUGCAAGAUUCUCUAGGUGGAAACGCCAAAACCCUCAUGUGCGCAAAUAUCGGACCCGCAUCUUUCAACUUUGAUGAAACUUUGAACACACUUCGUUACGCAAGCCGAGCAAAAAAUAUCAAAAACAAAGCUCGUAUCAACGAGGAUCCUAAGGAUGCGUUGCUCAAGCAAUUCCAAAGAGAGAUUGAAGAGCUUCGUAGACAGUUGGAAGAAGUUGGUAGUGCCAGUUCGGACGAAAGUGGCGAAGAAAACUACGAGCUGCGCAAAGAUAAGAAACGAAAACCGCGGACGGAGAGUGAACGAGCUGCCAUCAAAGCCAAGAUUGAUGAGGAGCGAAGAAUGGUUAUGGAAAGUAGCCAACUAGCGGAGGAGGAGCGCAAAAAAGUGGCCCAAACUUUGGCGGAACAAGAGAAAGAAUUGCAGACUGCUGCGGAAGAAGAAAUGCGUCUGAGACAGAAACUAGCUUCACUUGAAAGCAAAGUCAUCGUAGGAGGUGAGAAUUUGCUUGACAGGGUGGAACAACAGGCCAGUUUGCUAGAGGAUGCGAGAAAAGAGCUGGAGAAACGAAAGGCCAAAGAAGAUUUGCUGCGCCAACAGUUGCAAGAGAAAGAAGCCGAGCGGAUAGAUAUGGAAGAGCGUUACAGCUCGUUGCAAGAAGAGGUGCAGGGUAAGACGAGAAAACUGCGCAAAGUCUGGACGCUACUUCACUCGUCCAAGAGCGAGAUUGAAGAUAUGAGGCAGGAACAUCAGACACAAAUGGAACAACUCCUCGAGGGUGUACGACAGCUCUCUAAAGAAUUAAAGCUUUCUACUUUGCUCGUCGACGAAUACAUCCCGGCUGCGUAUCAGCAAAUCAUCGAACAACAUGUAAACUGGAGUGAAGAGUACGGUGAAUGGCAACUGAGAGGCGUGGCCUAUGCUGGAAAUAACAUCAACCAGUACAAUUCUCCUCGACGAUCUGCCCGCUCCACCUACAGACCUGAACUGGAUCUCAGUUACGUGUAUCUCUCAUAUGACGACAUCAUUGGCUUAUCUGAUCCUGUUCGUCCUAAAUCAGCGAAAAUGAAAUCUCGGUCGGCGACCAGUGCGCGCCUUACAGGAAAAGGUGCUCGCACCCCCUCAGCUCAGCGGACAAAAUAAAACUUUCCUUGAAUACUCGCUAGUCAAAACUACACCCAAAUGUGCUACACAACUAUAAUUUGAUAUGUCUAACUUUUCAGCUUAUGGAACAACUAAAUACAACGCAAUUGUUCCGUGACAAC